AUGGCUAAGAUUCCUCACUGGCGUCUGAUUAUCGACCAGAGUGUUGUCACUCAGGAGAUCAUCGACUAUCCCUAUGUCGGCUCAGGGACCGAGUCCGACCCAUUCGUCGUAGAAUGGAUUCCCAAUGACCCACGUAACCCCAUGCUCUUUAACAAGAACAUGAAAUGGGUCUACACCAUUAUUGCCGCAUUCGCGACCUUUGGCGUUUCCAUGGCCUCGUCCGCCUAUGCGGGCAGUAUUGACCAAGUGAUCGAGCACUUCAAUAUCGGUACUGAGGUAGCCACUCUGGGUGUGUCACUGUUCGUGCUUGGGUUUGCUGUUGGGCCCCUUGUCUGGGCACCGCUGAGUGAACUCAUCGGCCGCCAACUUGUGUUCUUUGUCUCGUAUAUGGGCCUGGCCGUAUUCAGUGCUGGUGCAACAGGCUCGAAGAACCCAUGGACAAUCAUCAUCCUGCGAUUCUUCGCUGGCUCAUUCGGAUCCAGUCCUCUAACCAACGCCGGCGGACUAAUUGCAGACGUCUUUCCCGCUGAACAGCGAGGAUUGGCAAUGAGUGUCUUUGCGGGUAGUCCCUUCCUCGGACCGACCCUGGGGCCUAUCAUCGGCGGUUUCCUGGGCCAAAGCGCAGGUUGGAAAUGGGUUGAAGGCUUCCUGGCCGCAUUCACUGGCUUUAUCUGGAUUGUUCAGUUCCUGCUUGUUCCCGAAACCUACGCCCCAGUCCUCCUCCGCAAGCGCGCCGACCGUCUCAGCAAGCUCACCGGCAAGACGUACAUCAGCAAACUCGACGUCGAACGUGGCCGUGUCUCCGUGACCAGCGCCUUCGGAGCGGCUCUCUUGCGCCCAUGGAUCCUCCUCUUCGCUGAACCCAUUGUCUUCCUUCUCUCGCUAUACAUGGCCAUCGUAUACGGCACGCUGUACAUGCUCUUCGACGCCUUCCCGAUCGUUUACCAACAAAUGCGCGGCUGGAACGAAGGAGUAGGCAGUCUACCCUUCUUGGGAGUUAUGGUCGGAAUGAUGUCAGCUGUAGGAUACAACAUGUGGGACAACAAGCGGUAUAAACGUGUGCAUGAGAAAUACCGUGGGUUCGCACCUCCCGAGGCACGCCUUCCACCCUCCAUGAUCGGCAGUAUCACCAUUCCGAUUGGGUUGUUCUGGUUCGCCUGGACCAACGGUCUCAACGUUCACUGGAUCGUCAGUAUCAUUGCGUCUGCUCCGUUCGGAUUCGGCAUGGUCCUUGUCUUCCUAAAUAUCAUGUCGUACCUGAUUGACGCGUACACGAUCUAUGCUGCCUCAGUGUUGGCAGCCAAUUCCAUCAUCCGAAGCUGCUUUGGUGCGGGAUUCCCUCUCUUCACGACAUACAUGUACCAGAACCUGGGCAUUCAUUGGGCAUCUUCCAUCCCGGCUUUCCUGUCGGUCGCUUGCUUGCCUUUCCCGUUCAUCUUCUACAAGUAUGGUGCCGCAAUUCGACGCAAAUGCAAGUAUGCUGGAGAAGCGGAUGCAUUCAUGAGGAAACUCGCUGAAAAAUCACUGAACCCGGAGAAGGGCCAGGAAGUUGUCGAGGAAGAGGCUGAGGCGGUCGCUGAUGGAGUGGAUGAGACUAGGGUUGAUCGGGAGUUGGACCUUGAGCGCGCCGAGUCGGUGGCUACGGCAUCGGUAUCAAGUGAUGAGCGUGAAGGUCGGAAGUAUGAGGCGAACCCGUACGAUAUCGAUCGGGUCAACACAAGAAACUCGGCGAUCACGCAGCGAUCGAGGUCGCGGUCGGUCAAGUCGAAGCGGAAGAAGUUCCUUGGAUUCUAA